UGAUCCAGUUAACAAGAAUCAGUGAAGAGAGGCAAAUUACCACUAACACAAUGAAAGAACUGCUGCAUAUCGCAGCGUUGGCAGCGCUAUUGUCCGUUGUGUCUGCGUGGGCGUCCAGGGUGCACCCCAACUGCAGCUACGCAGACAUCGAAGGCAGCUGGGUGUUCUACGAGGGGGAGAGGAACCUCAACAACAGCGCACAGUGCCUGUCUGUCGAUCCAGUUCGAGUAACGAAACUACAACUGUACUACCCCAAUCAGGCGACCGACCAGUUCGGCAACGUUGGUACGUGGACCUUACUCUACAAUACCGCAUUUGAAGUUUUAAUCAAUGGAAGAAAAUAUUUUGCAUUUAGUUACGCAGAAAUGAUUGACAACUACUUCAUCAGAAGUCUGUGCAACCAGACGUAUCCUGGAUGGUCUUACGAUGUUACUCUCAGACACUGGUCCUGUUUCUAUGGGGUCAAGGAAACUCAGACUGGUGCUAAACUCCACGCUGACAACUUCAAGACAGCGCAGAAUAACUUCGUAAUGACGACGGAGCACCAACAGAAAAUCGUCAGAGAAAUCAAUAGCAAGCAGAAUUCGUGGAAGGCUAACGCGUACGAGCAGUUCAAUGGAAAAACGGCAGAGGAAAUGUUCCGAAUGUCUGGAGGUCGGAGGGAUAUCCCGGUGGAGAAACCACAGCCGGCUGCGGUGACGGAGGAACAGAGGAAGCGAGCGUCCCUGCUGCCCCGCCACUGGGACUGGCGAAACGUCGACGGCGUCAACUACGUGUCUCCCGUGAGGAAUCAGCUAUCCUGCGGGGCCUGCUACGCAUUCGCUGUGAUGGGGAUGUUGGAGUCGCGACUUCGCAUCCGCACCAACAACACCUACCAGCCCGUGUUGUCUGUCCAGGACGCCAUAGACUGCAGCGACCUGGUAGGGGGGUGUGACGGCGGCUACGCUUACCAGCUAAGUCGCUACGCGUUGGAACAGGGCGUCGUAGAAGAACAAUGCAGACCCUACAAUGCCAAUAAUGGUCAGUGUAUGGCCAACACGUGCGACCGCAUUUACGUGUCGGACUACUCGUUCGUGGGUGGUUACUAUGGAGCCUGUAACGAAGUGCUGAUGCAGGAGGCGCUGGUGAACAAUGGACCUAUUGCAGUGGGAAUGGUGGCCUCCACCUAUUCUUUUCCGAUGUACUCCGGUGGCAUCUACCGCGACCUCCAGAUCUCAGCCAGGAGUGAUUUUUAUCCUUACGAGUACACAGACCACGCGGUGAUCAUCGUGGGCUACGGCGAGGACGCCGAGUCUGGGGAGAAGUACUGGAUCGUGAAGAACAGCUGGGGUGAGGCGUGGGGAGAAGACGGCUACUUCCGCAUCCGCAGGGGCACCAACGAGGCCAGCAUCGAGAGCGACGCCUUUGAGGCUUCACCUAUACCUUGAACUCCGACGGCUGUGUCACCGGAUCAAGAUAUAGAGUGUGAAAUAUCUUACUGUUUACAUUACCUGUAAC